CGAUCCAUCAAAAUUGUAAUGAACGCGUUGCUGAUGAUGUGUGUUACUUGUCAUGAUCAUUGGCAGUACGUAGCAAUCAGAUUAAAGGAGAGAUAUAAUUAAGACAGUAGAAAAAUGGAACAUAAGGAUGUACGACGGAAAUGCAUCGGGGUAAUGCAGACAUAAACACGCUAACAACCAUUAGUAAGUGUGGCUUUGUUCUCAAGCUUAAUUUGUUUUGGCACGGCCAAAGGUUCUUGCUAGGCCUGCUAGUGGGGCGGCGGCAAAUGGGGAUUUCGGGUCGGGUUCUUGCGUGGAGGUUCGUUUGCAUGGGUAGUAGCGGUAUUAGAGGCCAGCAGGUCGGGGCGGGGUGGGUCUGCUACAUUUGCGGGUUGGGGUGGGUUAGAACGGAUUUUGUUGACCUCGCGCAGCGGCUCACGAGGCACGGGGCACCUCGUGUCGACGCGUCCUUGCGCCCGCAAGAAGAAGGCGACACCACCGCCCGCCGCCGUCGCCACCACCCCUCCCGUGCGAGGUCCUCCUCCGAAGGCCACGGAUCGAGGUACUCCUUUUUCUCUCGGAACCACACCGGCAACAAUCAAGGUUGCGCCAACAGAUCCUAUUCCAGGAACCACACCGGCAUCAGGUCCCUUCGAGAAGUCAAGCCCAGGAGGGAGUUAGGGAACUUUGAGAAGCUCAAAUGGAUCCUAAAGGAGGAGGAGUUUGAAGAAGCUCAAAUAGCUCUUAAAGAUCACUGAUUGAAGAAACUUUGCCUCUGUCUCUGCAAAUGUUCCAACAGCAAAAUUGGGGAACUUGGAUUAUGAAUAUUUUUGUUUAUGUACACUAGACAUUGAGUUCAAUUUGGAUGUUUAUUUAUGAGUCUGCCCAUGUCGUACUGUCA